AGUUUAACACUGGUUCAGUGUGAUAGAAAAAGUUCUUCCCUUUCGCCCUUUGGUGGUGCGUCGCCCGAUCGCCCUAACGAACGAGCCGACCCUGACCACAACUGCACACACACACACACACACACACACACACACACACACACACACACAGAUGUGGCAGAAGGGGAGUGUGUGUGUGUGUGUUGGAUGUUUGGAUACGUCUCACUGUGUUGUUUGAAUGUGUGUGUGUGUGUGUGUGUGUGUGUAUGAUGUAAUUAUUCAGCCACAUGCUGCUGCACUCCUACGUCUCAUGAACAAUGAAGCUGUUUAUCACUAAACUGAAUAAAGUUCUAACACACUUGGGACAGAGGAACAUUUUCGGACGACUCUUCACCCUCUUCCACACGGAGCGGGUUCACACAGCUAACGGUGAGAGUUCAGCUGGACACAUCUGUAUUUCAGUCCCGAUGAUUCUCGAUGCAUUAAAAUGAAGCGACCCUCCUGAACGAACUGAUCUAACGAGCGAUAAAUCACGAACGACCGUUUAUCCGAUUUAAUCCUCGACCCGUGUUUUACUGCUGUGCUGCCAUGGCGACCACCGGUCUCCAGGUCCUGGGCUUCCUGGUGUCCAUAGCCGGGUGGCUGUGCGGGGUCCUGGUGUGCGCCGCCCCCUUCUGGCGCGUCUCGGCCUUCGUGGGGGACGAGCUGGUGGUGUCCGAGGUGCGCUGGGAGGGGCUGUGGAUGACCUGCCUGUCUCAGCCCGGGAGGGUCCAGUGCAAGGCGUACGACUCCGCCCUGGCGCUCUCGGGGUCCAUCCAGUUCUGCCGCAUGAUGGUCGUCCUGUCCCUCCUCAUGGGUUUACUGGCCCUCCCGCUGGGCGUGGUCGGACUCAAGUGCACGCACUGCCUGGACGGCGAGCGGGGCCCCAAGGCCCGGCUGGUGCGCGUCGCCGGGGCGGUGUUCAUGGCCGCCGGGGUCGCCUUCUUCGUGCCGGUUUUCUGGACCACGGUGGCCGUGAUCCGGGACUUCUACGACCCCAACGUGGCCCCGCCGCUCAAACGGGAGCUAGGCCCCGCCCUCUACCUGGGAGGAGGUGUGGCCCUCAUGAUGCUGCUCGGAGGGGUCAUGCUGCACCAGGGAGGCGCCGCCCCCGGUGGCUUUCCCGCCAAGCCCGGUGCUAUAGGAGCGCCGACGUCGGCCAAGAACAAUCCUCAAGCGGCGGCGGAGGGGAAGCAGGAGAAGGCUUACGUAUAAACAAAAUAAAUAAAAAUAAACACUACAAAUUAAUAUUUAAUAUGAAAUCAGUGGUAGAAAAUUUUAGAUGUUAAUUGUUUGGUAAAUUGGUAAAUUCUGAUUAUUUUUUUUAAUGUUUAUUACUAAUAAAUAUAUAAUUUAAGAUGUUUAUUUCUCAAUUUCUUAAUAUCCUUGUAAAUAUUGUUGUAUUUUAAUACCUUCAAUGAUACGAUGUGGACAAAAUGACUUUUAAUGACUCACGUGUGCAGCAACAGUUUAGGGAAGGUCCUUUCCUGUCUCAGUUUGACUCCAAGAAACUCUGAGCAGCUCUUGGAAUGAACUGGAACCUCAAGAUCGGCGCCCAGACAGACAAAUGCUGCCACCUUCUGACCGAACAGGCACAAAUCCCCACACACAGACACACUUCAAUACUGAAAAUAUCACUCACUCACGUUCUUAACCACUUAUCCAAUCAGCUUUUCAAUGGGCGCAAGGCACACAGUAACACCCUGGAACACACACACACACAUGCACGGGGAUCAAACCCAGGACCUUCUUGCUGUGUGCUACCCACCGUGCCGCCCUCGCGUAAAACUCACUCUAGUUUAAUAACAAGACGUGUCGAGUGUCCCAAUACUUUUGGUUCUAUAUUGUGUAUAUUGUGUUUUGGUUGCUAUUUAUUUUAGCCGAUGAAUCUUCUGUAUUAUUUAUUUAUUGAUUUAAAAUGAGACUUUUACACUUGAUUAAUAAAGUAAUACGUUUUAUUUAU